AUGUGGUCUGCUGUGGCUUUGGCUCUGAUAUUUUCAGUGGCCGGGGCACAAGAAGGAACAAAUGCCAUCUACCCGGCACGCUUCAACACGACAGCUGGUUUUGAGCCCUAUCUCAACAGCACAUCGCCCCAAUGCGUCACGUUGAUGCCCUCCGACGCCGUUUUAACUCUCGACUACGGAACAGAAACCACUGGGUUCCCCUUUUUCAGCGUGCAGGACAUUUCGAGCGCUGUACAGAUUGAAUCCAAAUACACAGAAGCACAAGCCGGCCUCGACGAGCGCUUUGGAGACGGACCGUGGACGUUUGCCAAUGGGCUAUCAAACACAUUCCGUGUCGAGACAUUCAACGUAACCGAGACGGGCGAUCAUCAGUCAUUUUUCCAGCAGGGUGGAUUCCGGUGGCAGUCUUUGACGCUUCUAGGAGAUACAGGAAAUGUGACGCUUUGUGGUGCUGGAUUGAAGUCGUAUAAUAAUCACAGCAUUGACAAUCUACCCGGCUCCUUUAAUUCCUCCAACACCGUAUGGAACGAGAUCUGGGCCCUGGGCGCACGAACAGUGCAGCAAUCCUGCAUCGCAAACGGAUCAGCGCCGUCGACCUGGGAGGUAGUAUCUACUGGCUCUGAUGCCGGUGUUUUACUGCGUGGGCAACAACCAGCACAAUCCGUCCAUGGCCUCGACCUUGCCGACUACACCAUGUCCUUCAGCACAAAAAUUGUUCGAGGCGGGACAGGCUGGAAAGUGGCCUCGGAUGCGCAUGGGUAUGGUCCGUAUUUUGUGCUCACGAGCGAAUACCCGGCCGACUCGACGUUUUUGAAUACGAACCGAACGCUCGUGCCGCCGAAUACUCUGGUUGUUGGCUAUGGAUAUAACCUGGUCAAUCAGACGACGCUGACCACCGGCCCCGUGGUGCAGUAUCCCGUCUCCUUUGAUGUCAAGGAAGGGCUGUGGUAUGAGAUAUCAACCGCUAUCAAUCAGACCGGGUAUACUAUCACCAUUGUCGACGAGAACAACAGCACCGUGCCACCUGUUUUCGUCCCGCUGGCUGAUUUUGGAUCAUUCACCACAGGGACGCCGACUCAGGGAACCUGGAGCUUUGGUCCGUAUCAAGAUCAGACUGCGUUAGUCAGGGAUGUCCAAGUAUACGCCCAAAACGGGACAAUAAUAUACACCAAUCCGAUGAAUAACGCCUCGGUGCUGGAAGAGUUUGGUGUCAUGAAUAACACCCACAACGUAUGCCUCGACGGCUCAAAGCGAGACCGCUUGGUCUGGUCUGGCGAUUUCGUGCACGCCAACCGCAUCAUCUUGGCCAGCACGAAUGAGCAAGAGUUUAUCACGGGCACAUUGGCGUAUCUUCUAGAGUGGCAAGCUACAUCUGGUCCGUCUUCAGGGCUGGUGACUCUUGCGCCGGGGAUGGGACGGAGCUCGGAUUAUGCGGUGUCAUUUUACAACUCGUUUGGUCUGCUGGACUAUCAAAUGUUGUUUUUGGUGGCCUACUCGGGAUAUUAUCUGCACUCGGGCGAUAUGGCAUUUCUCCAAAGUUCCUGGGCUCAGGCGAGUAAAGUUGUAGAGGCGCUUUUGACAGUGAUUGACCCGGGUUCUGGCCUGGCUGUUACAAGCACAAUUCCCGGGUCAUUGUUUUUCAUCGGCGCAAGCGAUGGCACUGCCCCGUCGGCGUUGCUCAAGUUCUCGCUCGACCAGAUGGCUAUUCUUGCAACUGCGGUUGGGGACAAUCAGACAGCGUCAAGCUGGACGUCAACUGCAGAAAACAUCUCCGAGGCAGUCAAUAGACAGCUCUGGAGUGACUCUCUCGGCACAUAUGCCGAAAGCCUCGCCUCGCCCACCGUCUCGUCCAUCUCGGGCACAGCCUGGGCGAUCAUAGCUGGAAUCGCAAACCAAACACAAACCCUUUCGGCCAUUACCGCUCUGUCUGGCCUCCGUCUCGGUGUCGGAUACAAAACCGACAGCGCGGUUGACUCCUCUAACCCAAGUGUGAAUCUGUCUCCGUUCCUUUCUGGUUUCUUGCUAGAAUCGCUCUUCAUCUCUCUUCGGGAUAAUAGUGCAGGUGGUAGUAGUAGUACAUACGAUAAUGCUACAACAGAGGCCAUCUCUGUCUUGCUCGAUCAGCUAUGGUCCGCCGAGGUCACACAAGACGAAUACUACUCCGGAGCAUCCUGGGAAUACAUCUUCCCGGAUGGAUCCCCCGGACUAGGCCUGUUCACGUCUCUGUCGCAUCCCUGGGGCGGUGCACCCACCUACGUCCUGACCGAGUAUCUCCUUGGUAUCCAGCCUGUAUCUGCGGGAUACUCUGAAUGGAGAUUUUCCCCGUCUGUGCUGCUUAAUUCUACGUCAUGGGUGAGCGGACGCGUGCAGACUCCGCAUGGGUAUAUCCAGGGGAAUUGGACUUUGGCAGGGCAGGAUUUGAAUAUGAAUAUUUGUUCACCAGAGGAGACGAGUGGCAGCGUGCAGUUGCCAUUUUCUGUACAGAAAUGUGUGCUGGAUGGGCAGCAGACGGAGGUGUCGCAGGGCCAAGCAUUCCAGGUUGAUGUGAGUGGUGGGCUGUGUCAUAGUAUUGAUGUAGUACUGGGCUAG